GCGCGCUGUGCGCGAGGCUGCGCGGGCGGCUAUCCACUCCAGUGUGUCUCCAGUGCGUCUUCAGCGUCUGUCCAGUGCGUCUCCAGUGUGUCUCCGGAGCGCAGCGGCUUUAAGUGACUGCGGCGGAGGAGACGUUCCGACCAGAACCACCAUCGCAUCGGCUUCCAUCUCCUCCAGACGCUCAGGUAGUUGUGAUGGCCCUGGCCCAGCUAUCCCUGCUCCUUCUGAGCCUGCCAGCUCUCCCCACGCUGGCGUGUCCAAGCGGCUGCCGUUGCUACAGCCUGACUGUGGAAUGUGGCUCCAUAGGGCUGCGAGACAUUCCAACUGGCGUACCGUCCACCACACAGACCAUGUUCCUCCAGGACAACGCUAUCGGCCAAGUGCGUGUCCAGGACCUGUCCCGCCUGGGCUGUCUGCUGUAUUUGUACCUUCAGAACAACAGUAUCUCGGCCCUGGAACCAGGGGCCUUCCGGGGGCAGGGCCAGCUGUUAGAGCUGGCACUCAAUGGCAACCGCAUCCACCUGGUAAAUGCCGACGUCUUCCAAGGAUUAGCUCACCUGCGCGUGCUGUACCUAGCUGGAAACCAGAUCACACGCCUCCAGGACUUCACGUUCCGCGGCCUACAGCGGCUCCAGGAGCUACACCUGCAGGAGAACAGUGUGGAGGUGCUGGGGGAGCAGGCUCUAUCUGGCCUUGGCUCCCUGGCCCUGCUGGACCUAAGUCGGAACAACUUACGCACCCUCAGCCAGGCCUCAUUGCGCCCCCUGGUCAGCCUGCAGGUGCUGCGUGUCACAGACAACCCAUGGCGCUGUGAUUGCGCUCUGCACUGGUUGCGUAGCUGGAUCAACGAGGAUGGCCAGCGGCUGCUGAGCUCUGCCGAGCGCCGAUUGGUGUGCGCAGAGCCGCCACGCCUCUCACACCGCAGCCUGGUGGAGGUUCCGGGGAACAGCUUGGUGUGCAUCCCUCCUGCUGUGCAGCUGGAGCCCAGCCACCUAACGGUGCGGCUCGGGGAGAGUCUGCGCGUGUCCUGCCAGGCGUCCGGCUACCCGCAGCCACAGGUCACCUGGAGGAAGGCCACCCAGGCUCGCACUCAGCUCACCCCCCAGGGGCUGGUGCAGGAAGCGCCAGGGACAGGAGUGUUUGUUGGGGUGGGCGGUGCCGUCACGGCUCGGCCAGGGGAGAAAGCGGGCGGGGCCUCGGAUCACGCGUCUGAGGAGAUGGGAGAGCACUUUGAUCAAGACACUGGGAGCGGAAUGCUGUUUCUUAGCAACGUGACGGUGGCCCAUGCUGGCCGUUAUGAAUGUGAGGCCUGGAAUCCUGGGGGUGUAGCGCGAGUGACCUUUCACCUCUCCGUCAACAUGUCCUCUGCAUCUGCAGGUACCUCCUCUAGCUCAGGACCCCGCUCUCGCUCUCGCUCUUCCUACCCAGCAGUGGGUGUAAGUCAGGAGCCGCUGUACGACUUGGAGAGCAUGGACUUUAACGCUCUGGGCGUGGCCACACAAACUGCUAUAGCCGUGGGCAUUUCCCUGCUGGCGCUCACAGCCUUACUGCUGGUCGCCAUGAUCUACAGCCGCCACCGGCAGCGGCAAAAGCGCCACCCCGAGGAAAGUGUUCUCUAUGUCAAUGACUAUUCAGAUGGGCCCACCACCUUCGCUCAGCUGGAGGAGUACCGGGACGAGCGUGGUCACGAGAUGUAUGUCCUCAACCGCAGUCGCCCUGUUCUCCCCCCUGUCCCGCAGGGGAUGCUGUCAGCAGCAGAUCCCUUACAGAACCAUGCAACUGCCUCUCUGGGUGUGCCUGGUGCCCGACGGACUGCUGAGGGCGGCGAGGCGGUGCUGGCGGACCCCGAGGGGCUCUUUCUCAACCAAAGCCUCCUGUUUGACACACAGAUUGCCUACGAGAUCCACUGCUGAGGAGCUCUGGGAUGGUCAAGGUGGAGAGGCGAGUGUUUCCUGCACCGUUUUCCAGGGGGCUCCUUUCCAGGUUUGCUUGAACCCUACAGGUGCAAGAGACUUACAGGUCACAUGAGGCUGUGCUUGCACCUAUACUUGUACCUGUACUUGUACUAGAGGCGCUGUGCCUGGAUCUUUCUCCUGGAGAAUGCCGCCGCUGUCAGGGAGUGGGCAUGUUUCCCUGAUUUCUCAUAUUCUUCAUGUGACACGCCAGUUGGACCAUUUUCUUAAUUAGUUAACUAAUUGUUUAAUUUUAUGGACAAACAAACAUCUGCAAGGACACAUCAUGCUUUGUUUCUUUCAG